AUGCAGAACGGGGAGGCUUUGAGCCCGCAGGACAAAGCAGCAGGGGCUGAGGCCAUGGAGGAGCAGAAGGCCCAGAACCAGAGCCAGAAUCAGGGGAGUGUGGCGCCUACAGCGCCUCCGCUUCCUCCACCUUCACCACCACCAUCAGGGCCACCAGAAUACCUGAGACCUAAGCUCAUCUUCCACACCCAGCUGGCUCAUGGGAGUCCCACAGGCCGCAUCCACGGAUUCACCAACGUCAAGGAGCUGUAUGCCAAGAUCGCUGAAGUGUUCAACAUCUCGCCCUCAGAGAUCCUGUUCUGCACCCUCAACUCUCAUAAAGUGGACAUGCAGAAGCUACUGGGUGGUCAGAUUGGACUGGAAGACUUCAUCUUCGCUCACGUCAGAGGGGAGACCAAGGAGGUUGAGGUGACGAAGACGGAAGACGCAUUGGGCCUCACUAUCACAGACAAUGGAGCUGGAUAUGCUUUCAUCAAGAGGAUAAAGGAAGGCAGCACUAUAGACCAGCUGAAGACAGUAUGUGUUGGUGACCACAUCGAGGCCAUCAAUGACCAGAGCAUUGUAGGCUGUCGACACUACGAGGUGGCAAAGAUGCUAAAAGAGCAACCAAGAGGCAUCCCCUUCACUCUCCGCCUGGUAGGGCCCAAAAAAGCCUUUGACAUGAUCGGAAUGAGGACGAGAGCGCCAAAAUCUACCGAGGGCAAGAUGGUAAACGGGAGGGAGACGCUGCGUCUUCGCUCCAAGGGUGCUGCUACAGUUCAAGAAGUGCAGAAUGAGUUUGAUGAACGUGCCAUGAAGAAAGUGGACGACCUGCUGGAGAGCUACAUGGGCAUCAGAGAUCUGGAGCUCGCAACCACCAUCGUGGAAGCAGGUAAAGACAAGAAGAACCCUGAUGACUUUGCAGAGGCCUUGGACUCAGUUCUGGGAGAUUUUGCUUUCCCUGAUGUGUUUUUAUUUGAUGUAUGGGGAGCUAUUGGAGAUGUCAAGAAUGGUAAAAUGUAGAGUAAUUUACUGUACACACAACAGCAAGAUAAAGAGAGAGCUGGGGAAAAAAAGGAAUGUGUAGAAGCUUUAACUUGUAAUCACUUUAAUUAAAACCAUGCCAGGGACUGCAAUUAAUUAAACCAUGUCCCUUUGAAUAGUCAAAUUACAAUAAUCUGCCCAUAAACUCUUAAUAUUGUCCUGAAGUUUGACAAAUCUUUACAAUAAACACAAAAUACAGAAAAUUGCAGUGUAGUUUUUAAAUACAUUUGUACUGAAAGACUCAAGGAUGAAAUGAACCUUUAUUAUAUAGGAAUUUAGCUGAUGAUCUUGUUCAGGAAAACAGUAACAGUCAAAUUAGCUAGUUCACAAAAACAAAAUCUCUUUUGAUUAUAGAAAAGAGUAUACAAAAUAUUUGUAUGGUUCCCUUCCUGUAUAGACCAUUAUGUAAAGGAUAUGCUAACAAUCUGUCAGGAAACACAAGGGGACAAUCAGCAAGCCAUCUAGGAAUCAAGGAAGUUAGAUAAGCUACGUAAACCUGUUUCCUCUGGAAAAACAGGGGAAGGAACAAGGAGACAUUUUUGGGUCAUCCCAAAGUCUGAAUGUAUUGGUCUACUUUUCCGUUACCAAUAAUCUAUGCAAGCUAGUGUAAGUUAUAAUAUGUUUGCACAGGUUGCAUUAUAUUUAUAUAGAACUGGUUUACUCUUUUCAAUUACCAACUGUCCCCAGUGCAAUUAAAACUUCAAAAAAGAAAUUGCAAUUUAAAUAUUCUAAGUGACUGAUAUGACCUAUCUGUUUUAAGACAAAUUUGUCAUCUGAAAAUGUAAUCAUAUGAUAAUUAAUAUCACAGGGAUAUUCUCCAGAUGUAUGGCCCUGCUCUGCAAAUCACAUUUUCAUACAUUAUCAUUACUGUCAAACAGGAACCAAGCCCAAAAUUCCCAUGACAAAACAAAAAAAGAAGACAAACAAAGCUAUCUUGUGUGCAUACAAACCAUUUCCUUGGGGUUCCCUGCAGCGAUUGUUGCCUGAACGAAAUGAAGGUCUUUGUGCCCCACUAAUAUUAAAAUACCUUUGUAUCACAUAUUCACUUGCUUCCCGCUUUUGCUAUAAGUUCACAGGAAAUGUUUCUGGUUUGAUUCAAAGAGAGAAUGUAAAUAUACUUGACCAGUUUGUUGCCGUCUUUAUACUUCAGUACCACUUAGUUUAAAUGUGCUGCUCUCUCUGUCUGUCUCUGCAUUGGAGAGUAUUUACUGUAAAAUAAACCAAAACAAAAAAGAAACAUCAAACUACAGGUUGGAAUUUAAAAGUUUCAUGUUUUCUGGCUUAUCAAACAAUUUAAACAAAGUAUUAAAGUCAUAUUUGUUGCAUACAUGUAAGCAAGUAAACACUGAACUGCCAAAUUUCAAAAUGCAGUUUGACUCGACUUCAUUCAUUCUGGCUACACUGUUUCAGCUACAUUAGUAUUUGUCUAAUAGCGAUGUUUUCUUUUAACUCUUUGUAUAUGAUUGCACCUCUUAAUGAAGACCUGAAAAUGUAUGGCACAUUUCACAUGUUUAAAUUGUUAGUAAAAUGGUUGAAA